AUGAGUGAGGCAGUAUUGAAAUCCCAGACCGGUUGGGGCCGUUGGGCAGGUAGAUCAUGGUUACAAAAAAAAUUUUGGUCUAUUUCUGCAACUUUUGUGAUUUUCAAUUAAGUGAUAAAAAUGGCCAAAACGGUAAAGGACUAAUUUUGAUGUGGCAAAAAAUCAAACACGUGGUUGUUAUAGCCUUCACUUUUUUGCCACUUUUGACUGCUUUUUUCAAAACUCAAAAAAGAUGCUAAAGUUGAGGAGUAAAAGUUUGCCUUUUUUGCCACAUUUUCACAAAUCAAGAAAGUGGGAAAAAAAAUGAACGGGAGUAGCAAGGCAUUGCUUUUGUGACAUUUUUACACUUUUCCAAUAAUAAGAAGAUACAUUUCGUCAAGUUUUGGAAAACGAAAAAAUUGCUAAACAUUGAACAAACACCUAAUGGAAACCUUAAACCCUUCACUUGUUAGUUAGUUUUGGCUAGUUUUUCGAAAAUAAAAAAAUGGCCAAAAGUGCCGCACUUUUCCCUAUACUUUUUUUUCGGGUAUCUAGAUCGCCGCUCUACCUAUUGAGCUAUCGAAGGGAGUCUUAUCCAAUUUAAGUGCACGAAAUAUUUUCGUGACGACUAACGCUUAUCUUAGAGGACGCGCAGUGUUUCAAUUCUAUUUCAGAUUAAUAUGAAACUAGUUUUUCGUAUCUCUGAGGAUGGUUCUCAAAUAGUAUUGAAACACUGCGCGCCCUCUAAGACAAGCGUUAAGUCGUCACGAAAAUAUUUCGUGCACUUAAAUUGGAUAAGACUCGCUACCAAUCCCUGUUGACUCGAUUUCCCUAUACUUUCAAGAAUAAAAAUACUUUUUGUCGCUUUUUACGGAAAAAGAAAAAUAAGAUUUUGUGUGCAAUAUAAUUAUCAUAUCAAUAUUAUAAUAGAGAAUUUUUUUUUGAAGUUUGGUGAAGACACUCGAGUGGAUAUCAAUUGCCAUGAUGGACAAAACACAUUCUUCUCCACUUGGCGGUUUUGUCCUAAAUUGAAGACAUAUCAACGGAAGUGUUCUGAAUAAGCAAAUACGACAAAUACUAUAUAGUGCCGCUCAUUCAGGGCAUAUUCAACAAUUUUUAAAACUAAUGAUGAAAUUCAUCAUCACAAUACUAGAAGUCUCAAAAAACUAUAUUAAAACCUAUACACCCGAAAUAAUUACACGAGACAUACUCUCUCCAAUAAAGGAGUUGAAAUUUGGAAUAAUUUGAACGAAGAUUCGAAACCCCGCAUUAAAUUUCCCCCCCCCCCAAAAAGCUAAAAUUUAUUUUCAAAUACAAGAACAAUAAUAAAGCAUAUAUAUUCUUCAUAGACUUGAACAAUGCUUCCGUCAUCAUGCACUCCUAACUUCGUAUUGUUGUAUAUUAUUGUAUAGACUAUAGGGGUGCAGCGGAUAGUGCUAUCAUAGUAUCAUACUAUUACCGGCUGGAUACCAGAUAAUUUGUUUUUCAUGAAGUGUACUAAAUUUCCGUUGAUUGAACUAAAACAUACUAAAAAGUUAGAAACCCAAAAAAAAGAGACAAGUGAAAAAGCUGGCACUGAAUCCCAUCGCUCAAAAACUUUAAAGUUAAAAACAGAUUUGAUUAUUGACUCAAAAAUUCAAAAAAUAGCGUCACCUUCUGCACGAAUACAUGGAUGAGAAAAAUCCUUAUAAUGUAUUCAAAUUGGUAAAAUAUCCGGUAUAUAGUAAAAAUCACUAUCCGAUCCACCCAUAUUAUCGUGAAAUUAUAUCACAACUUUCUUUAAAAUUUUCUGUACAAUAUAUUAGCUGACAUAUAGUUAGUAAGUUAUCGUUUGAAUUAUUUGCUGUAAAAGGGGCCUUGCCCUUGUACUAUAAAAAGUUUCUUAAAUUAAAGGCUCCAGCUCUAGUAUUCGAUGUAUUGAGAUCAGAUUGAGAUCUUUAGAGUUUCCACUUCGUGAAAUUUUCCGAAAAUUUUCCCCCAAAACUUGCGGAGACCCCCAAAAAUAAAAAAUAUUCUGCUGAAAUUUAUGUUUCGAAUGAGAUGCUAAUUUUGUUUUAUCCUUGGUUUUAUUUAUACGUCAAAAAUUUGGUUUCGAUUGUUCGAAUCAAGACUAAACUGAUAAGACGGUGAAUCGGCAGGCCCUGGGUACGAGGAUCAACCACUGGCAUCAACAACAUACUUUGAAUAUUGAUGUUUGUAAAAGAAACUACAGUAUGUGAAAUAUACAAGCUCACAAUGAAAAUAUGUUUCGUUUCCCCAGUAUUUCUACUGUCAUAUGUUGGUAUUGUAUGGGUUGGUAAGUUUAGUUUGGCUUGUAAUGUGGUUAAAAAUCCUUAUAUAUGUCGUGGACACUCAAGUUAUUAUGAUUACCAUUAAAUGAUUAAUACAUGACUACAUGUGCCCUACUCUAUCAUUUUUACUCCGUCUAGUGCCAGGCAAUUUUACUCAUCAAGGGGAGAGCAAUGUGUUCAAUGGGUUAAUAUUAGGUCAUAUUACUAACUUGCAACUUUAUAUGAGAUGAACUGUCCAAGAAAAUUGCCGAUUUUUGAGUAGGAAUUGCCUGACGUUUUUACUGUUAUGAGGCAGAUUAGACUAGUCAUAUUAAACUGCAUCAAAUUGUUGAAUUGUCUAUCUUCCAUUUAGGAGUUAACUGUGCUCAACUGUCUUGUCAUUCAUGUAAGACCUUACUGCAGACCAACCAAACACCAGCAAAGUGCAAUCGGACAGUGGAGAAUUGUGAUAUUCAGAAUUCUUUCUGUGGUAUAUUACUUUGGUAUAAAGAAAAUGCUGGAGUGAUAUACCAGGAAAGCUGCGUGCCCCAUGAUGUUUGUCGCAAUGUUACAGCUGGAUGUCCAAAAAAGAGUUGCUACUUAUAUUGCUGUUCCAAAGAUCAGUGUAAUAUGUAUGAUCAAGUGAAUCAAAGUAUUGACAAUAGUCUUGCAAGCAUUAUGAAAGAACAUCCCAAUAUGGUUCCAACUGAACCAGCAUCAACCAAGACUGUAAUUAAUGAGUCAACCACACUUCCAACAAAUGACAUACUUUCAACAUUGGACACACGUCCACCUUGUUUGGCUUUGGCUUCGUUGUUAAAGUGCUCAAGGCUGACAAUGGUGCUGCUUCUUACUGUGAUAUUUUUAAAAGAUUAUAUUGAAAUAUAA